AGCCCGAGGCUGCAGCGCGGGCUUAGAAACCGCUGCCACGCGCCGCCGGGCGUAGAUCCAUAGGCCCCGCAAGCCCCGGCCACGGUUUUCCCAGCCCCGCCGCCGUUGCCAAGGCGACAGCCGCCUAACGUUCCAGCGGCAGGCCCCGCCCACGCCCAAUCAGACCGGCGCUAGCUGGAGCCCAGAUUUUCUUUGUUCCGCAGCCAUUUCAGGCCCCGGAGGGGAGGCAACGCCGCUUCGGCAGAGGGCCCGAGUGCCGGAGGCCUCUGGGAUGGUGUGGGACCGGCAAACCAAGAUGGAGUAUGAGUGGAAACCUGACGAGCAAGGGCUUCAGCAAAUCCUGCAGCUGCUGAAGGAGUCCCAGUCCCCCGACACCACCAUCCAGAGAACCGUGCAACAAAAACUGGAACAACUCAAUCAAUAUCCAGACUUUAACAACUACCUGAUUUUUGUUCUUACAAAAUUAAAAUCUGAAGAUGAACCCACAAGAUCUUUGAGUGGUCUAAUUUUGAAGAAUAACGUGAAAGCACACUUUCAGAACUUCCCAAAUGGUGUAACAGACUUUAUUAAGAGUGAAUGUUUAAACAAUAUCGGUGACUCCUCUCCUUUGAUUAGAGCUACUGUAGGUAUUUUGAUUACAACUAUAGCCUCCAAGGGAGAAUUGCAGAAUUGGCCUGACCUCUUACCAAAACUCUGUAGCCUGUUGGAUUCUGAAGAUUACAACACUUGUGAAGGAGCAUUUGGUGCCCUUCAGAAGAUUUGUGAAGAUUCUGCUGAGAUUUUAGAUAGUGAUGUUUUAGAUCGUCCUCUCAACAUCAUGAUUCCUAAAUUUUUACAGUUCUUCAAGCACAGUAGUCCAAAAAUAAGGUCUCAUGCUGUUGCCUGUGUCAAUCAGUUUAUCAUCAGUAGAACUCAAGCUCUGAUGUUGCAUAUUGAUUCCUUUAUUGAGAAUCUCUUUGCAUUGGCUGGUGAUGAAGAACCAGAGGUACGGAAAAAUGUGUGCCGGGCACUUGUGAUGUUGCUUGAAGUUCGAAUGGAUCGCCUGCUUCCUCACAUGCAUAAUAUAGUUGAGUACAUGCUGCAGAGGACCCAAGAUCAAGAUGAAAAUGUGGCUUUAGAAGCCUGCGAAUUUUGGCUCACUUUGGCUGAGCAGCCAAUAUGCAAAGAUGUACUCAUGAGGCAUCUUCCCAAGUUGAUUCCUGUGUUAGUGAAUGGCAUGAAGUACUCAGAUAUAGAUAUCAUCCUACUUAAGGGUGAUGUUGAAGAAGAUGAAACAAUUCCUGAUAGUGAACAGGACAUAAGGCCACGUUUUCAUCGAUCAAGGACAGUGGCUCAGCAGCAUGAUGAAGAUGGAAUUGAAGAGGAAGAUGAUGAUGACGAUGAAAUUGAUGAUGAUGAUACAAUUUCUGACUGGAAUCUAAGAAAAUGUUCUGCGGCUGCCCUAGAUGUUCUUGCAAAUGUGUAUCGUGAUGAGCUUUUGCCACAUAUUUUGCCCCUUUUGAAAGAAUUACUUUUUCAUCAUGAAUGGGUUGUUAAAGAAUCAGGCAUAUUGGUUUUAGGAGCAAUUGCUGAAGGUUGCAUGCAGGGCAUGAUUCCGUACCUACCUGAGCUCAUUCCUCACCUUAUUCAGUGCCUCUCUGAUAAAAAGGCUCUUGUGCGUUCCAUAACGUGCUGGACUCUUAGCCGCUAUGCACACUGGGUAGUCAGCCAGCCCCCAGACACGUACCUGAAGCCAUUAAUGACAGAACUGCUAAAGCGUAUCCUGGAUAGCAACAAAAGAGUACAAGAAGCUGCCUGCAGUGGCUUUAACAGUGGCAUCAUCUUUCACCCUAAUUCCCACACAGAUAUCUGGAGUGGAAGUGGCAAGGGUCCUACUCUUGAAGGAAUAAAAAAGUUUGAGCAGAGUGACAUUAUUAGUCGACAGGUCAACUGUGAUAACAAGUUGCCACAUGGUGAUUCAACUCCAGAAUAUAUUCAGAUGCUAAUGCCUCCACUGAUCCAGAAAUGGAACAUGUUAAAGGAUGAAGAUAAAGAUCUCUUCCCUUUACUUGAGUGCCUAUCUUCAGUUGCCACAGCCCUGCAGUCUGGCUUCCUUCCAUACUGUGAACCUGUGUAUCAGCGUUGUGUAAACCUAGUACAGAAGACUCUUGCACAAGCAAUGCUGAACAAUGCUCAACCAGAUCAGUAUGAGGCUCCAGAUAAAGAUUUUAUGAUCGUGGCUCUUGACUUACUCAGUGGCCUGGCUGAAGGACUUGGAGGCAACAUUGAGCAGCUAGUAGCCCGAAGUAACAUUCUAACACUAAUGUAUCAGUGCAUGCAGGAUAAAAUGCCAGAGGUUCGACAGAGUUCCUUCGCCCUGUUAGGUGAUCUGACAAAAGCUUGCUUUCAGCAUGUUAAGCCUUGUAUAGCUGAUUUCAUGCCAAUAUUGGGAACCAACCUAAAUCCAGAGUUCAUUUCAGUCUGCAAUAAUGCUACAUGGGCAAUUGGAGAAAUCUCCAUUCAAAUGGGUAUAGAGAUGCAGCCUUAUAUUCCUAUGGUGUUGCACCAGCUUGUAGAAAUCAUUAACAGACCCAACACACCAAAGACGUUGUUAGAGAAUACAGCAAUAACAAUUGGUCGUCUUGGUUACGUUUGUCCUCAAGAGGUGGCCCCCAUGCUACAGCAGUUUAUAAGACCCUGGUGCACCUCUCUGAGAAACAUAAGGGACAAUGAGGAAAAGGAUUCAGCAUUUCGUGGGAUUUGUACCAUGAUCAGUGUGAAUCCCAGUGGAGUAAUCCAAGAUUUUAUAUUUUUUUGUGAUGCUGUUGCAUCAUGGAUUAAUCCAAAAGAUGAUCUGCGAGACAUGUUCUGUAAGAUCCUUCAUGGAUUUAAAAAUCAAGUUGGGGAUGAAAAUUGGAGGCGUUUCUCUGACCAGUUUCCGCUUCCCUUAAAAGAGCGUCUUGCAGCUUUUUAUGGUGUUUAACGUCAUACACUUAAGCUGCAGUCCCAUAAUUAGGGGUCCUUCAGUCUUGGAGACUAUGAGGGAGCCUCUGCACCCAGGGAAAAUGUUACCCUUUACAGGGGGGAAGGGUAAACCAGUAGGGAAUACAGUACAAUCCCAACCCUACUGGGAGGGGCGGGAGGGAGGUGUUGCCGUCACUGUAUUAAGUCGCUGUUGGGAAACGUUUUAACAUCUGGAGCCUUUGUGGGUGGAAAUCUGUCUCCAAUUACAACUCUGCACUGGAUGUGAAGAAGCAAAAAAAAAAAAAGAAAAA